AUGGUCUUUCGAAUUGAAGUAAAUCUUGGUAAUGGAUUCCUUCUAUUUAAAACAAUGAAACGGAAAUUUAAUCAUAUACAAUCAGUGAAUAAAUUUAAUAUAAAUAAGAUAAAACAUAUAAAAUAUUGUCAAAAAUAUUGUACAUAUUGUAGUCCUGAACGAUAUACUAUAUUAAUACAUAAUGAACAUUUAAAUCAAAUUCAUUAUACAAUGUGUCCAUAUGAUGAAUUAUUAAUUAUGGCUAAAUCAAUUUGUACAAAUUUAAUGCAAGAUAAUAAUCAGAACGAUAAUAAUAAUAAUAAUAGUAUAACAAUUUUAGUCUUAUCGAUAACUUGCGGUAAACUUUCCAAUUUUACAAGAUACAAUCCUGUUAUUAAUCGAAACAUCAACACUAGUACCAACAACAACAAGAACAAUACUCCUCCUCCUCCUACUAAUAUAAGUAGUACAAGUCAUGCAAAAUCAUCAAAUCCCCUUAACACAACAAUCUCUAUAAAUAUUCAAGCUAUUAGUAAGACGAUUCAACGAGCUAAACUGGAAAAAGUUGAUUAUAAGCAAUCCAGAACAAAAUCUAAAUGGGGAAUUAUUAAUUUAUCCGCGUGUAAUAAUAUACAUUCCGAUAUUUUAAUUGAUCUAAAUACUUCAGUGAAUAGUAUGAACGAUGGAAAAAAGAAUAUUUGUUACACUUAUGAUAACCAUUCUCAUUAUUAUUGUUGUUAUUAUUACUAUUACUAUUAUUGUUAUCAUUAUCACUAUUAUUCAUAUCAAAAAUCACCUUUGUUUACAACGUUAUGGUCUGAGCAUAUCUUGAAUAGUGGGAGUAAAGAUAUCCAGCUGGGUUCAAAAACACCCAAUAUUAAUUGUGACAUUUAUACUCAAAAAUUUAAUAUCACUCAAAACUCCAAUGAAAAGCACACUGGUAAUAUGGAGAAAAUAUUCAUGGAAAACGAAACAGAUAAUGAAGUAAUGAGAUAUAUGUCUAAGUUUGAUUUGAUCAAAAACUGUGCUCAAAUAAGAUCCGAAAACCACAAACCAAACAGAUUGAAAGAUCUACAGUUAUCAGUUAAUUUACGUCCACCAGAACCUGUUGGUUGUCAACUACUGCAAAUGAAUUCAGCACCAGUUACGAAAGGAUUGUGA